AUGGACGUGAGCAGAGCUCGGUUCAAUUCCAAGAAUAUGCAGAUUGUGGCCUCUCAUCACAUGUAUUCAUGGAGUGCCUCCAAGCACAUCUGUAGAUCAGCGACUGCCUUCUUAUUAUCUUCAACGUUGAAAUGGCCACGGAAUGCAAGGUUGUUGUGUCAAAUUGCCAGCCGCCCUCUGCAAGUUAGAGCUUGGGGUUUAUUAUCAUCUGACGACACUCCUGGAGGCAAUGAAGGAGAUCAUUUAGUUGCAGAGUUCAUGCAUCAUGUGAUCUCCACCCAUCAAUCAUGGCCUCUAGAAGGCCGCACUCCAACACCGCUCAUGCCACCACACACUGUUGUCAAAGUUCAGAUGGAUGCAUUGAUGCGCAAUGACUGGCCUGAGGAAAAUAGUGGCAUUAGGACUGCCUUCUUAUUUUCAAAGCCAAAUAAAGUCGAAGAGAUGCGUGUUGGACAGGCAGUCACAGCUGCAAGAACUUGGAGGGCUACUGAAAGCUACCUUUCGUUUGAACAAUUUGUCACACAUAUCAGAGAAUCCCAAUAUGCACCAAUGGUAUACUGUUUAGAUUGGGAGGUUGCAUCCACUGUUUUCUUCCAUGGACUAGGUGAUUGGCGAGCAGUACAAGCUGUAAAAGUAACUACAGAAAAUGCAGAUGGGUCUAGGAAAGAAUAUACUUAUACAUUUUGCCUAGAAAAGAUACUUCGAGGUCCAUACAAGAAUAUAUGGAUGGUCGUGGGUGUGAAACUUGGCGACUAUGCCAGUGUCUGAUCUGUUUUUCCUCAGUUCUCUGUUACCAACUUCUUAAAGACACAUCAUAGAUGAAAGCACAUGCAUCACGUUAUUGUAAUUUUAUAUUUUGUAUGAAUCCUGUCAAAGGAGUGCUUAUAAGAGGAAUAUGCAGCCUGCAAUUUCCUGUCCUUAGCAUGCAGAACUGCACUUACAAAUUUAGGCAUUGGACUUGGAAGGUGCUGGUACAUGCACUAUGCUUUCUCUUUUCUUGGCAUUCAUUGAGAAUUAAGAUAAAUUUCUGAUUGCGGUUCUUGUAGCUUGAAGUAGAGCUUUGAGAACCUUCUAGUAUUGUAGUUGCUCAAGCACCCUGUAAAUUAAGAUGAUUAAUUUCAG